AUGCUGUGUUACAGUUCAGCUCAGAGUGCUGAUCCAGGUGAGUAUAUUGUACAGUCCAACCUAUGUGAGUGACUGCCUUUCGUAAGCGACCAUCUAACAAAAACACCAAAACUUUCCCAGUGAAAGCCUUACAGCUGGUACCCUAGUAAACGACCACCUCCUGUAAGCGACUGCGACCACACUAUUUGGGUCUUACGGUUUAAUGAAUUUCAUUGGUUUUAACCUCUUGUAAGCGACCACUUCAUGUUCCUUCAAGCAUUGCCUGAUCUCUAUUUUGGCAGUGUGUACUAUGCUAAUAGGAAUAUACGGAGAACUUUCCCAAAAAUGGAACUACACACUUGCAAUAACUUAUCUUCCAUGAAAAAAGUUGUGUUCGGACAUCUCCUUAAGCGGCCAUUGAGUCUGCAUUUUUUGUGCUCUCUUAUGGGGGUUCACAUGUAUUUUUAUCGCGCAGAAUAUACUAUACGCCCCUAUUUUUCUCCUGUCUGUCCACCCAAUCAGCUGACAUGGAGAAAAUAGAAACAAAACAUCUGCGCGCAACUUUUCUGCUCUAAGUUUUUUUUUUGGCAAUUUACGUGAUCCACCUAUCGUGUUCAAAAACUCAAUCACCUCAAGUCAGAUUUGAUUUCAGGUAAUAUCCUGUAAGUUUGUGACAUUGCAUUUUUAAACCAGUGGGAAAAAAGUGGGGAUUUAGGAAAUUCGUUUAGUUUGUUAUGUCAUCUAAAACUUUUGAAAAAGCAAAGAACGUAGAAAAAAGAACAUUGAGGGUGAGAACCUUAAGUUCUUAAUUGAUUAAGAGAACGCAAGUCUACGCGUAAAAUUACAAUCUUAUUUUUAUAGGAUGUGGUUCUGUGGUAAACAACACCUUGACAAGUCCUGGAUUUCCAACACCAUACCCAAAUAACAUGUACUGUGUGUACAACGUUUCCAUUCCAUCCGGAAAGGCGCUGAAAAUCAGUUUUUCAAAUUUUUCCCUGGAAUGGUCAUGCUGGUAAGUAAUUUAACAAUAGACAGCUUUAGAGUCACGUUUACGACAAACGGCAAACUUCAGAUUCAAGUUGAGAAUAUCUUAAAAUUAAAAAAAAUAGCAGGUAAAAACAGCUCGAAGCAAUUCUUAUAGAUAAAACUGGCGUGAAACAAUUCACUUUUUUGUAGAAGUAAUGAACAAUAAACAUCAAGAAAAGGGAAAGGGAAUCUGGUACAGAUUCACUUUUACCACUUACAAUAAAGUUAACGUGACUGAUGACAAACAAUAGAAAACCACUCAACUGAUUCAGCUUUGGUAAGAGUACACUAGGAACUUAACUUAAAGUGAUACUUGUUACUCUAAAACGUAACAUUUUUGCUGGUCAAAACAUACUCACGAAUUCGGACGUUCGGCUUGUACGCUGCAAGUUUGCGGAUCUGUGAUAUUAGGCCUGGAAAUAAGACAAAAUCAGGUUUCUCAAGACCCAGGCUGGCAGGUAAGUAUAUCUCGACGGGGAAAAACACCGGCCAAUGAGAAUAGCCCUCUAAUUUUAAAAUAAAGAUAGACCUAACUUUAGAAACUGAUAACACGAAGAAGAAUGUAAAACACACUGAUACUCUUUAAUUCUUUUAAGAAACUCUUUAAUUCUUAAAAGAAUUAAAGAGUAUCUGCCAGUAAAUUAGCGGUCUGGUCGAUAUGGCGUGAAAAAUAGAUUUCACUCAUUUCUUGUGCGUUGAAAGACUUUCAUGUACCUGCACUUAACGGCCCCAAACCUCUGGACUGUAUUUUUAAAACGCUCGAAUUUUUUAGACAAUUUUGGUUCACCCCAUCCAACGCUCGCGUUGCACGGCUUAAUUCAAGGCUGAAAAUCAACAAAACUUUGAAUGCUGAUUUGGAAAGAAAUAGUAAUUAUUAAGUAAAAGAAAUAACACAAACAACCAUCAUAAUUCCUUUGACAUAACACAGCGUUUUCUGCCAACAUUAAGCACAAUUUAACGCCAUAGCAAGAUUUUAAUGAACCGCUUCCCGCACUGAUAGAUCAAGUGGAGCCAAACCACCCCCCAACUGGGGUCCCAAAUGUGUCAUUUGCUCUCGGAUAAAAAAUUGAAGUAGAGUAACUUAUAUAAAAACCAUGAUAUUUUGUGAAAGAUUACUUCCGAAAAAAAUAUGAUUUCUACGAUUUCUUCGAUUCUUUCUUCUCCUAAAAACUGCCUACACAGUGCAUUGAUUAUUCAUUGACCCGCUGACAGCUUUUACUUCAUCAGUAUGGUAUUUCUGUUGCAUGUUUCGGCGCAGACGGCUCUCUCUCGAAAUGUUCCUAGCGGAAGAGAGCGAUGGAAGUCGGCUGUUUCGCAGCCUAAUGAAGAAAAUUCAAACCAUUAUUUACAAAAUCGAAUGUCCGUUGCUGGUGCUCGUAGAUAGGCUCAAAAGGUGUAGAGACUUCUCAUUGGCUAAACCGAGAUCUGACCAAUGAUAUGGUUUUCGAUCUGGAAAAUGCCAUAGCUUUUUUAAAAUCAAAUUAAGAUUUCACGC